UUUAUUUUGAUGUUUGAGCAUUCCAAACACACAACGUCGGAACGGAAAACAAUUUUGGUAGAAGCAGUUAACAAAUUUUUAAUCACGUUAGAUCCAAAACGGUGCCAGAAUGGGCAACGUAAUGGCGUCCACCGCAGACGCUGAGUCCUCUCGUGGACGUGGACAUCUCUCCGCAGGGCUACGCUUGCCGGAGGCACCCCAGUAUUCCGGCGGAAUGCCGCCACUGAUCGUGGAGGCUUUAAAGGCGGAAGCUAAAAAGCCUGAAUUGAUAAAUCCCGGAACACUUGAGGAGCUGCACAGUCGCUGUCGCGACAUCCAGGCCAACACCUUCGAAGGCGCCAAAAUUAUGGUGAACAAGGGUCUAAGUAACCACUUCCAAGUGAGCCACACCAUCAACAUGAGUUCGACUGGUCCAAGCGGCUAUCGUUUUGGAGCUACUUACGUGGGUACCAAACAAUACGGGCCGAGUGAAGCCUUUCCGGUUCUUCUUGGCGAGAUCGAUCCAAUGGGCAAUCUUAAUGCAAACAUUAUCCAUCAACUGACCUCUCGCCUGAGGUGCAAGUUUGCCUCGCAGUUCCAGGACUCAAAGUUGGUGGGCACACAGCUCACGGGGGACUAUCGCGGCAGAGACUACACGCUGACCUUGACAAUGGGCAACCCGGGUUUUUUUACGAGUUCCGGAGUCUUUGUGUGCCAGUACUUGCAGUCCGUCACCAAAAGUCUGGCUCUAGGAUCAGAGUUCGCCUAUCACUACGGACCCAAUGUGCCCGGACGCCAAGUGGCUGCAUUAUCAGCGGUAGGACGUUACGGCUUCGGUGAUACCGUGUGGUCUUGCACUUUGGGACUCUCAGGAUUCCACCUUAGUUACUACCAGAAGGCCAGUGAUCAGCUACAGAUCGGAGUCGAGGUGGAAACGAAUCUUCGCCAGCAAGAGUCGACGGCCACGGUGGCAUACCAGAUUGAUCUGCCCAAGGCAGACCUAGUCUUCCGCGGCAGUCUCGAUUCCAAUUGGCUUAUUUCCGGAGUCCUCGAGAAAAGACUGCAGCCGCUACCGUUCUCGUUGGCCAUUAGCGGUCGUAUAAAUCACCAAAAAAAUAGUUUUCGGCUGGGAUGUGGCCUCAUGAUAGGAUGAAUCAAAUUUACAAAUGAAAUGAAACAAAUGAAAUAGUAAUCCAGCGGAAGCACAAAAACGCGUGCCAUUAAAAGGAUCUAUUAUUAUUUUUCCUUUCGAAUAAGAUACGAAAGUAUGUCCCCAUUUACGUUAUAUAGAUCAAGCUUCCAGUAAAGUCUUUAAAAAUAUAAAACAAACCUCUUACUUAA